UUCCCACAACCACAAAAAAACUGGUUCUAAAUUCUCUCUAAUUAGCUCUAUAUAACAAGCCAAUGCAGCCUCCUAAGCUCUUCCCCUCCUCCAUACUCUGCAAUACUGAAAAUGCAAAGCCAAUCAGCUGCUUCCAAGCUUCUCUUCGCUUUCCUUACUUUCUCCUGUCUUUUAUACCAUGGGUUAGGAGCAAAGUGUGCAGCCAAUGCUCCCACAGUGCAACAGACUCAGGUGGGGUUCGGUGAGCCUCCAAAAUUCAUGGUGGAAGUGCACAACAACUGCCCUAUGUGCCCAAUUAUCAAUAUACAUUUGAACUGUGGAAACUUUCCUCAAACUCUUGUCAAUCCCAGGCUGCUCAAAGUGCUAGGCUAUGAUGAUUGUGUCGUCAACAGUGGGUUACCCUUGGCACCCUUGCAAAAAUUUUCCUUCAACUACACUCAUCAAAAGCUUCUAAUGCACCCUACAACCUGGUAUUUCCAGUGCGAGUGACAGGCUGCUCUGCCUGCCAGUUACUAUGUCUUAACAUAUUUUCAUUUUUCCACUUCCUCUUCUAUUUGCCUUUCUAGUCUUUGCCCUCUCUUUUGUUUCGAUUAUUUGGUAUGAAUGACCGAGUUGUACAAUUUGUCAACAAGAAAGACAAUGGUUGUGUGCUUGUCUUAAGUGGUAAAAGGCAGAAUUUUCUUGUGACAAAUGCAUCGUAGGUGUUCAUUUGAACCCUCAGUUAAAGAUCAAACAAAAAGCAUAAUAAAGUGACAUUAUGCAGAA